CGCCACACUGUGCAGCAACCCCGUUUUCAGUCCGGAUCGAAGGCCAAACGAAGUCCGAUCGUUCUCAAAUUUUAGUAUGUUGUUCCUCACAUACUCCUCUUCAAAUCCAACGAUCAGAUUCUCAUUUUGAUGUCUGUAAGGCUGUUUUCUAGUUGCGUUUUCAGACCUGCGUUUUUGGGAGUUUUUUACUCCAUUUUAUGGUGAAUUGAUGAUUGUUGUUGUUCCAAGGUUGCUCCUUGAUGAUUGUGUAUGCCUCUAGUGUUCACUAGAGAGGAGAACUUGUUGUACCCACUUGAUUCUUGGUGAUUAGUGGAAGUUUGGAAGCCGUUGUUGAGCGGCCGUGGUUUUCUCCCCGAUUUGGGGUUUCCACAUAAAUCGUGUGUCACCUACUUUAUUAUCGCUGCCAUUUCUUUGUGUGUGUGCUGCUGAUUUUUCAGAUUUCAUUGUGCUUGUUAUUCAUCUCAUUAAUUUGGAGAAAAGAUUUUAUACGCUUCUGUUGUGUUUUGUUCCGUGCUUCCCCAACAAAGUGGUAUCAGAGCUUGAUUAUUUUUUGGUUGGCUUCUUGUGUUGUUUAUGAUGGAUGACAAAGUAAUUGUUCAAGGAAUGGUUAGUUUGGACUCUACGAAUUAUUCAAUUUGGAAAAUUCGUAUUGAGGAUUAUUUAUGCUCUAAAGAUUUGCUUGACCCAAUUUUGUAUAAAGAACGUCCAACAGGUGUUGAUGAGAAAGCUUGGACUACCUUGAACCGGAAAGCUAUUGCAUCAAUUAGACAAUAUGUUUCUNCCGUUGUGUUUUGUUCCGUGCUUCCCCAACAAAGUGGUAUCAGAGCUUGAUUAUUUUUUGGUUGGCUUCUUGUGUUGUUUAUGAUGGAUGACAAAGUAAUUGUUCAAGGAAUGGUUAGUUUGGACUCUACGAAUUAUUCAAUUUGGAAAAUUCGUAUUGAGGAUUAUUUAUGCUCUAAAGAUUUGCUUGACCCAAUUUUGUAUAAAGAACGUCCAACAGGUGUUGAUGAGAAAGCUUGGACUACCUUGAACCGGAAAGCUAUUGCAUCAAUUAGACAAUAUGUUUCUUUAAGUGUGUUGCAACAUGUUGCUAAUGAAACUAAUGCUUUUGAGAUGUGGAAGAAACUUGAAUCCAUGUACGAGAGGAACAAUGCUAUGGGAAAAGCUUCUUUGAUCAGGAAGCUUGUUAAAUUGCAAUACAAAGAUGGUGAUAGCAUUGUGGUUCACAUGAAAGAGUUUCAAGGUGUGGUAAACCAACUAGCCGGAAUGAAUAUGAAAUUGGAGGAUGAACUUCAAGCUUUGUUGUUGCUUUCCUCAUUGCCCGACAGUUGGGAUACUUUGGUGGUUUCACUUAGCAACUCGGCUCCGGAUGGCAAGAUGACUAUGGAGAUGGUCAAGGCUAGUCUUUUGAACGAAGAGGCUAGGAGAAAAGAAUUAGGUUACCCUAGCCAAUCUGAAGCAAAUGUGAUUCCAGAAUCCAGUAGGGGGAGAAGCAAGAGUAGAAAUCCUCACCACAGAGACAAGUCCAGGGGGAGAUCAAAAUCCAGAAAAAGAGAUUUUAUUUGCCAUUAUUGUCAGAAGCCGGGUCACAUUGAGAGAUUUUGCACAAAGAAAAAGAGGGAUAUGUCUAGGGAGAGAAAAGACAAAAAUGAGAGUUCCGAAUAGAAGCCAGAAGAGAAGAACACUACAGCCUUGGCAUCUAGUGAUGAUGAUUUAUUUGUUAUCGUUGAUCAUAGACUAUUAAAUGUAGCCUGUGAUGACUGCACCUGGGUGAUUGAUUCUGGUGCAUCUUAUCAUAUUACUUCACACAGGGAGUACUUCUCAUCCUACACUAGUGGUGAUUUUGGCCAUGUGAGGAUGGGAAAUGAUGGUUCGUCCAAGAUCAUCAGUAUGGGUGAUGUUUGUUUAGAGACUUCCACUAGUUGCAAGUUGGUGCUCAGGGAUGUGAGGCACGUCCCAGAUAUCAGAUUGAGUUUGAUUUCAACUGGUCUGCUUGAUGAUGAAGGUUAUGCCAACAAAUUUUGUGAUGGAAGAUGGAAACUCUCCCGGGGCAGUUUGAUUAUGGCUCGAGGUAAGAAGCAGAAUUCACUUUAUGUUAUGCAGGCCAGAGCCCUAAGAGAAGGUAUCAUUGGAUUCGAGAAGCCGUGGAGGACAAGUCUUUUGAACUUGUGAAGAUUCACACAAGUGAGAAUUGCUCGGAUAUGUUGACCAAGACUUUGCCAAAGGAGAAACUCGUGUUUUGUCGAGAGAAGGCCGGUUUGUUUGCUCACUCCAUGUAGGAGUGAGGGGGAGAUUUGUUGGGAAAUAUCCCUCCUACAUGGAGGAAGAGUCCAAUUUUAAUUGGACAAAUACUUUGCAUCUAUCUUUUAUAUUUGGACUUAUUUUUGUGUGUAAAGCUUUAGCCCAAAUGUUUUAUGGUGGCCCAUAUACUAAAUAAAUGAAAAAAAGGAGAGAAAGAGAUAAGGUAGCACAAAAGCAAAAAAAAAGAAGUGGAGAGGAAUGACUGGCAGUAGCUAACGCAGGAGAAAAGAAAGAAAAAAAUAGAAUUCUCGCCACACUGUGCAGCAGCCCCGUUUUCAGUCCGGAUCGAAGGCCAAACGAAGUCCGAUCGUUCUCAAAUUUUAGUAUGUUGUUCCUCACAUACUCCUCUUCAAAUCCAACGAUCAGAUUCUCAUUUUGAUGUCUGUAAGGCUGUUUUCUAGUUGCGUUUUCAGACCUGCGUUUUUGGGAGUUUUUUACUCCAUUUUAUGGUGAAUUGAUGAUUGUUGUUGUUCCAAGGUUGCUCCUUGAUGAUUGUGUAUGCCUCUAGUGUUCACUAGAGAGGAGAACUUGUUGUACCCACUUGAUUCUUGGUGAUUAGUGGAAGUUUGGAAGCCGUUGUUGAGCGGCCGUGGUUUUCUCCCCGAUUUGGGGUUUCCACAUAAAUCGUGUGUCACCUA